AUGACGGAAGCUUCAUUCAUCACCACCUGCGUCUUCAACGCCUUCUUCAGUUUAACCGCCAUAACGUUUAACAUUGUAACAAUACUCGCUCUGAGAAAACCAUUGACGAUACCAAGAGCUGUAAAAACAUUACUGAUGAGUCAGGCGGUAUCUGAUCUUGGUGUUGGGUUACUGGUUCAACCUUUGUACGUUGCAUGGCUUGUCAUGCAGAUACAAGAAAACACUCAAAUUCGAACUUUUGAGAUUAUUUCGAACCUUUACGGAAACAUAGCAAAUUUGUUUACGUACGCCUCGUUCUUUGGCGUUGUUGCUUUAGCUACAGACAGAUUCCUGGCCAUUCAUCUCCAUCUGAGAUACCAGGAACUCGUGACUCACAAGCGAGUUUUUUUAACCAUUGAUGGUGUUUGUUACCUAACAACAGCCUUGUUUUAUUUCAAGAUUUACUCAGCCGUACGGUACCACAGAAAUCAAAUACAAGUCUUGGAAGAACAGUUAGCACAGAACAAUGGGGGAGAUAUGGAAAAUGCUGCUAGAGAGAGAAAGGCUGCAGUUGGUACAUUCUACGUCUUUCUUGUGUUUCUGAUUUGUUAUCUACCAAACAUUUGUUUCUGGAUUAUUCAAACAAGCACUGGAAGAAGUACGGUGUUAUGGCACUUUGGACUUCAUUCUAACACGCUGAUGCUCCUCAAUUCAUCUCUCAAUCCUAUGAUCUACUGCUGGAAGAUGAGACCUGUUCGACAUGCUAUCAUGGAAAUACUGAGAAACAUAUUACCAAAUCCACACCAGUGA